AUGACUCAAUUAAUAACUACAAACAAAGGAGCAAAGCUACCGCAGCUAAUAGGUCAGGCUAAUGCAAAAAUAUCUCAACCUAAGCUUUCUCUCGCGGAAAUGUAUGAUGCAAUGAUGGAAAAAGCCAGGUAUGAGGGACCAUACCAAUCCAUUGAAAUAUAUGUAAUGCAAAUGUUUAAUGCAUCACAUAUUAUUCUCUGGGUUGAGCUUCCUCAUCAAGAUCUUUUUUAUUCUCCUUCAUAUUCUUUAGUUUGUCAAGAAAAGAAAUCAAUUAUAGCUACAGCAUUUCUAACUAUAUCUCCUAUGUCUAUUAAAUGUCAAAAACAAUCACAAUACUUCUGCAAAGGCCUAGAUGAUAAAGUUAUUCCCGAAAAUUAUUCAGUUUUAACAAUACCUAUAUUAAACAGACAAAAACAUACUAUCGCUGUAAUCCAAGUUGCCAAAAAGCCAGAAAAAGCUUUUGGUCCUGCAGAUAUGCAAAUUGCAGAUUGGCUUCUAUCCAAAUUUAAGAUAUACGGAUCUUUAUUAUUUGAUGAUACGAACAUCCUCGAGUCAGCGAUCGGCGCUGCCUUCACAGAUGCAGACGAAGAAACAAUAAAUAAUAUCCAAAAGACUCUUCAAAGAGAAUUUGGCUGCAGAAGAGCAGAGAUAUGGCGCUACCAUAAUAAAACCGAAACUGUCAAUAAAGUCGUCAUGGAUGGAAAAAAUGUUGCAUAUCAAGAUGAACCUACAGGAUGUGUUAGUUGGGCACUUAAAAACAAUCAAAUAAUUAUAGAACAAGAUGUACAACAAGCUCCUGGUCAUAUACCAAGUAUUGAUGGCUGUUUUGCCGAAAGUAUUGUAGUUUAUCCUUUUAUAGAGAAUGAGCAUAAAGUAUGGGGUGUUUCACUUAGAGGCAGAAUCUCUGGCUUCAGGAAUUCCGAUAUUGCUAAAUUAAAAACAAUUGUUCCGAUAAUUAUUAGAUCAUUACGAAUUAUUAUUGAAAAGAACAAACAGCCACCAGAAAAAGACACAAAGAAGCAAGGACUAACAGCUCUACUUGAUGUUGCUGAACAAUUGAGUGGAGUUCUUGAUAUUGAUACUUUAAUUCCAAUGAUUAUGCAAAGAUCAUGUGAUUUACUCGAAGCAGAGCGUUGUUCCUUAUUCCUUGUUAACAACACUCAAACAGAACUCAUUUCCUACUUCCACGCGGGCCUUACAACCGAAAUCAGAAUUCCAAUUAACACAGGUAUCGUCGGAGUCACAGCUACUACUGGUGAAAUACAAGUAGUCAACAACGCAUACGAAGAUCCGCGUUUUGAUUCGAGCGUUGAUAAGAAGACAGGCUUCAAAACUCGAAAUAUCAUUACAGUUCCUAUUUUCAACAACAGAGGCGAAAUCGCAGGAGUUACAGAGCUAAUGAACAAAAUAACAAGUGAUGCAUUCACUGAAGAUGAUGUAUCAUUGCUGAGAGGCUUCAAUGUAUUCUGUGGUAUCGCGUUAGAUAACUCAAGAUUGUACCAAGCUUCAACAGAAUUAACAAAACAAGUUUCAUCAUUCAUAGAAGUUUCCAGUGGAUUAACAAAGAACACAACAAUGAGGAAUAUCUGCGAAAGCAUUCUCCAAAACGCGAUAAACAUAUGCGAAGCGAAGAGCGGCAUCUUAUACCUAUUAGAUGGCAAUGAAAAGAUAACUCCUUUGAUCUCAUUGAACACAAAUAGAGAAACCGACCAAUUAAUUGUCAAAAGAUGUAUUGAAAACAAAUCAACGGUUGUAAUGACAUUUGAUGAGGUUAAUGAGUAUCUUGGUAAAACAAAAGGUCCUCCCAAACAAGACAAAAGCCUCAGCCAUCAGUUAAGUCGCGUCAAUGCUGCAAUGUCGAGAAGAAUUUUACCUGACAUGUUUACGGAAAAUUCGAUUUGUUUGAUUCCUCUUAAAAGUUCUGAUGGAAACGUUUUAGGUGUCAUGGAAGUAGAUACUACAUCUAAAUUGAUGACAGAGAGUCAGAAACUCCUUGAAUGUUUCGCUGUUUUCGCAAGUGUUUCGUUAGAAAGGAAUCAUCUCAAAGAUAUUGCUCAAUUAGGAUCUCAUGAAGCUGAAUUGAAGCAACAAAUGACGAGAGAUGAAAGAGAUUCAACGACAAACAUUCCUGUACACUUGCAUUUACCACAGAGGACAGUUACACAGCUUUGGACAAUUAAUUUCGAUUCAUUGGAUUGGACAGAUAUUGGCUAUUUCCAAGUUGUUUUCGCAAUAUUUUCUAGAUUCAAUUUGCAGCAAACUUUUAAUGUAACUAAUGAGAAAUUGUAUAGAUUCUUGAUAGAAUUACGAGCAGGCUACAGACCAGUACCAUAUCAUAACUGGGCACACGCUGUAGAUGUCUUGCAAUUCACGGCUUAUCAAGUCCACAUUUCUCAUUUGGAUGAAAAAAUUCCAAAAGUUGAAUUGUUCGCACUUUUGGUCGCUGCAAUUUGCCACGACUUGAAUCAUGAUGGCUUCACGAAUGACUACAAUGUGAAAGCGGAAACUCCUUUAGGUAUUUUGUUCAAGAACCAGUCUGUCAUGGAAAUGCAUCAUUGCGAAGUUACAAUUGAUAUUAUGUCAAAUGAUCAAUGUAAUUUGUUUUCUGCUUUGCCACCUCAACAAUUCAAACAAGUAUGGAAUUUGGUGAUCAACUUGAUCCUUGCUACGGAUAUGGCAAAGCACUUCACGAUUUUGCAGGAAUUCAACACUUUGAUCGAUGGAAAAACAUUUUCAAUGGAAAAUGAAAAUCAUCGACAUUUGUUGUUACAAUUAAUCAUCAAAGUUGGUGAUUUAUCCAAUGUUUCAAGACCUUUCGACUUGGCAAACAGAUGGUGCGCUGUUUUAUGCGAAGAAUUCUUCAGACAAGGCGAUCUUGAAAUGGCAAGAGGAAUGCAAUAUUCGUCUGCUUUGAAUGACAGAGAACAUUUGAACAAAGAAAAGUCACAGAUCGGAUUUUACACGUCUGUUUGCUUGCCUUUGUAUCAAAGUGUUGCCAAAGUAUUGCCGCAACUCGAAAGCAACGUAGUGCAGGUCGAAAGUAACUUGGAAACAUGGAAAUCUGCUGAUGAAGCGAAAAUCAAGAAAGAACAAGAAAUGCAGAUGUUGUCUCAGAGAGGACAAGACAGCGAAAAUAAGGAUGAGAACGCUGAGAAGACAGAAAAGGUUGUUAGAAAGGUAAAACCUGUACCUUCAAACUUGCAGACACUUACUGGAUUAGUUUUGACAAGAAAGAAAUCUGUAAUGAAUACAAUUGCAGAAUUCAAAGUUUAA